CUCCAUACAUUUGGUAAAAAACGAAAGUAACCAUCUCGUCUGCUCGUACUUCCAGAACUGUAACUUAUAACUUCUGGAAGUACUCUGCUCGAGGGGUGCCUGUGUUGCGGUGCUUUUGAGAAAAACUGUGCAAUGAAUUGGAACAGUGCAUUCAUAACAGUGAGCCUGUGCGGGAGGCUAGCAAGCCAGUGCUUCAAGAUCAGGUACGGCUUGGCUUAUUGCUGCCUCCGCAGUUGUCAACGUGCCCCAAUUGGCCAGAGGUUCGCUAGCAGUGGGAAACCAGCUCUAAGGAUAUGCAUUGUGGGUAGUGGCCCAGCGGGCUUUUACACUGCAAAUGGGCUGCUGAAGGGUAAUACAGAAUGUAAAGUUGACAUCUACGAUAAGCUUCCUGUACCUUAUGGUCUCGUUAGAUAUGGAGUAGCACCUGAUCAUCCAGAGGUUAAGAAUGUCAUAAACCAGUUUUCAACACUAGCAGAGAAUGAACGCUGUGAAUACGUUGGCAAUGUGGAAGUGGGCAAACACAUCUCUGUCACUGAACUGCUUCAAGCUUAUGAUGUGGUUGUGUUGAGCUAUGGUGCUGAAGCAGACAAGUGUCUGAAUAUACCAGGGGAGGAACUGACUGGUGUUUACUCAGCUCGCUCUUUUGUUGGAUGGUACAAUGGACUACCACAAGAUACUCACCUAAAUCCAGAUCUCAGUGGAGAGACAGCGGUUGUUAUUGGCCACGGGAACGUUGCUCUAGAUGUGGCUAGGAUUCUCAUUACACCAACAAGCAUACUAAAGAAAACGGAUAUAACUCAACAUGCCUUGGACGCUUUGCUUAAGUCUUCAUUGAAGAAGGUGUAUAUAAUUGGUAGACGAGGCCCACUUCAGGUGGCUUUCACAAUCAAGGAGCUGAGAGAAAUGAGUAAGCUUCCAGGUUGCAGGUCAGAGCUCAACCCACUGGACUUCGAAGGGCUUCAGGAGAAACUAUCAGAUCUGCCACGUGCCAGAAAACGCCUGACAGAGCUGAUGAUUAACACCGCCCAGGAAUCCCCAUCAAUGAGUGCAGACCUCUCCGGCAAGGCAUGGGCUUUGAAAUUCCUGUGUAGUCCAGUAGAGAUUCUACCUUGUGAAAAAGAUUCGGGCAGAGUUGGCGGCAUUCGCCUGGCAGUCAACAAAUUGAAGGUGGUGAAUGGUAAAGAGGAAGCCGUGCCUACAGGAGAGACAGAAGAUAUACCCUGUAGUCUGGUGCUGCGGAGUAUUGGCUAUAAGAGCCUCAGUCUUGAUGCUUCAGUGCCAUUUGAUGAGCACCGUGGGGUAAUACGCCACUCAGAGGGGAGGGUCACUGAAGUAAAAGGCUUGUACUGCAGUGGCUGGGUCAAGAGGGGUCCCACAGGUGUCAUCUUGUCGUCCUUGAAUGAUGGCCGGGAGACUGCCAAGACGAUCCUGAGAGACCUGUCGGAUGGCUCCUUAGACAUCAGGGGAGACAAGCAAGGGUGGGACCAAGUAGCACAAGUCUUGAUAGAUCGAGGUACCAGACCAGUGUCCUAUGCUGAUUGGCUUAAGAUUGAUGCUGAGGAGAAGGCAAGAGGAGAGAAGAAAGGCAAACCACGGGAGAAGCUGACUUCAGUGGAGGAGAUGCUUCACUAUGCUUUCAGAUAGGGAGGAGGGAUAGGCAAACUAAACAGGUACAUUCAUCUCAAUAAAGCAGUGUCUAUUCUGGUUUGAAUGGCCCCAAUUUAGCGGUACAUUAUCACAAGUACCCUGCUAGGUAUGUGGAUGGAGAGUUGUCUCCAAGUGCCCUGAGAGAGUGUCCAGCGUCAGUAGCUUCUUUGUCAUUGCCUCAUUAAAUGUCUUGACUCAAACGAGACAAGAUGGCUAACUAGGCCUUGGCUGCAAACUUUUAACCAGAUAACUCAAACGUGAGGUAGAUGAUUUCCAUGAACUGAUCAACAUUACCAUGAACUGAUCAACAUUACCAUGCUACUGGGAAGAGAUCUGUACUUUCUUUAUUCGUUUGAACAGGAUUUCACUGUAUUCUUAUGUCCUGCUUGAAGUUUGUUUACGUUUACAAAUGCAGAACUGAUGAAGGGAUUUUUUUGUUUGAACAAAAAGUUCAAAAACUGCCCUUUUCUGUGGAAAUCAUAUAGAUCAUUGAAGCCUCACUACUUUAUCUGAAGGGCAAAGAUACUGAAUUAUUCAAAGGCCAUGCAAACAUUCAUACUAUAGGCCAUAUUUCUAAAUUUCGUGUGCUUCAUUAUUAAUGCCAAUAAACAUUUAAAAGCAUGUGUCCUCUUGCAUGAACAAACAGCUAUAUCAUGUGUGCUGGCAUGUAAUUUCACUCUGUGUGUAUUAUGAGGUGAGGUCAUAUUAGGUUCAUAGUUUUUCCUGUGUACCAUUUCUGGCAAGGUAGAAACUUACAAAGAACUACAUGUAUUUAUCAACAGACUUUUUCUCUUGGGUGUUGUCUGUGAGUUAUUCCAAAUUAUCAAGUAUAUCUGGAGUAUGUUAUAUUUUUCGGUGCAGCUUCUACCGCUGUGUGUAAUGUAGGGUUGAAUCCUUCCAUAGCUCGUUCAAUUUAAUUAUUACAAUGUUUGAGCAAACACUGGUUAUAUACAUUACAUGCCAUUGAGGAACAUUGUCAUUUUUAAGAUGUUAUGAAAGCAGAAAGGAGCAGGUGUACAAUAGUUUAUUUCUAGUUUUAUUUUCACAACUUUGUGUUUCUUUUUAAAUUCCAUCUGCUUUGAAAUUGUUACCGAAAAACCCUUUAGCAUCUACAUUAUCUUGACAAGGAUCAUUGUUGUCAAUAUGAAACAUUGUUAUGUCUACUGACACUUAAUAAAAAUGGA